AUGAAUAAAAGUUUUUGGAAGGCCAUCUUCAAAUCUACUUCACGCUGUAAAGUCACCUCAGUGGCCAAUGAUUCAACAGUUACCGACGAAGACUUCAACUUCGGCGAGCAUAACAGCCAUGUCUUCAACUUCGGCGAACACAACAACCAUCCAAAAAAAGACAAAAAUGAGAAAGGACAUGAUCAGACAAACGAAAAUCCACCAAAGAACAACCCGCGAAAAGUGCAACCCUGCUUCAAAUCCGCAAACACUCAAUCUCACGCCUCACAUCCAGCCAACUCCUCAUCACAUCCUGUCUCGCAACCGUCUCGUCUCGACUACAACUCCACAUCAGCCGAGUCACAAAAAAGACAGCGACCACUGGUUGCCGACCCAAAAAUAUCUAGGCAGACCGUUCAAUAUUUCAUCGGUCCCAACAAUGACAUGGAAACUAUUUUUAAAAAAUUGAAACAGUUCCACCAGAAAAUAUCGAAGGGUGAGACCCUGAGUGCUGAAGAGUUGAAGAAUGUCCUAGAGAAGGCUAUACAAGCAUCUGAGUUGACUUCAUUCAUACAAAACACCGAUAGUUUACUUAUUGUUGUCUAA